CAACGUAUUUGUAUUUGUGCCUGCAAUGGAACGUUUGACUCAUUGCAAGUUCAACUGUUACCAACGUGGGGUUUUCGUUUAUUUUACUUUUAAUUAAUUUAAUAAUUAAAUUUAACCCUUUCGACCCGAAUGGUACACAUGUGUGGUACACAAUAAUGACUCAGUGAAUUUCUGCUGGUUUAUGCUAUUCACCUGAUCAUCUCUACUCUUUUCUAAAUACAUACUGAUAAGUUCCGUUACAAUCUUUAGAGGAGUCUGUUUUUUGCACUGACAAGCAGUGAAAUUAAAAUCGCAGUUGGUUUUCGCGGAGUUUUUCUAAGAUAUUCAGUGCUAAGGUGACAAAAAUAUAGAAACUACAAUAAAAUGAAGCAUAUGGUACUUAUGAGUACCAUUCGUCCGAAAAUGGACCCUGAAGAUAUCCGGAAAAUGCCGGAAGACGAAGCUGAUAGUACCAGUGACUCAGAAGACUUCUCUAGGGCGAAUUCCGACAAUUUUCUUCCAAGUGAUUGCACUACUUCCAGUGAUAGCGAAGAUUCAGUAGACGAGGAGAAUGAGGAUGCUGACGAGGGAUUCUUACCUAGUGGUGUUUUGAGCUUUAACAGCGAUAACGAUGAUACUGAAAGCGCCAUUGAUGACGUCGCUUCGAACCUCGGCGCAUCGAAAAUGUGUAUUAUUUGGAAAACGGAAUUCAAAUGCACAUCAACUGGACUUCUAUACGCAAAAUGGCAAGACACGAAAAAAAUAUUGGUAUUGAGUAAUUGUCACGACCCUUCUGUGACUAAUGUUAAAUACAAUUUUAUAGGGAGAUCAUGGGAGGAUCAGAUGUCUGGGCUUUAUGAACGCCACAAAUUGCCAAACGCAAGGCAAUACACCUUCCUGUUGAAGGUACUAUACGACGUCGUUGUAUCAUACCAAUUGCAGUUCUCAAGAAAUUCUGACUCGCACUAAGGCGAUAUGUAAAGAGUGCCAAGUACCGCUUGGCAAAACGUGCUUCGCACCUUACCAUACGUGAAUUUUAUGUAUAAAGAUAUUUUUCUCUAAAAUUUUCUUGAAUAAUAUAACAAUUAAAAAAA